AUGGAUGCUGAGGCUCAUGGAGAUCCCCCAGGAACUCCAGGCCUAGAGAUGUUGAAAGGAGACAAGGACUUUCCCCUGAACGGAACCAACAGAAACUGCCUUCCCCUACAUGUCGCUCAUGCCCUGAGUUCUAACUUCGGACUUCGUAUCCUGGGAGAGAAGAUUUCCUCCGGUCACCAGGCGGAGCUGGACAAGCUGACAACUCUGUUAAAAGAUAUGAAGAGAAACUCCCAUCUGGGUGUGCUGUAUGACCAGGACAAGCAAAUUAAAACCAUCGAAAGGUACAUGAGACAUCUGGAGUUACACAUUAGUAAGGUAGAUGAGCUCUAUGAAGCUUAUUGUAUCCAAAGACGCCUCCAGGAUGGUGCCAGCAAAAUGAAGCAAGCCUUUGCCAUGUCCCCUGCCAGCAAAGCUGCCCCGGAGAGUCUCGAGAUCAAUCGGAGCUACAAAGAGCACACAGAGAACAUGUGCAGCAUCGAAGCGGAGUUGGAGAAUUUGCUGGGGGAGUUCUCCAUCAAGAUGAAAGGUCUGGUUGGCUUUGCUUGUCUCUGCCCCAGAGACCAGAAUGAGAUUUUCAUGAAGUACGGCCGACAUAGGUGGAAACUGAAAGGGAAAAUAGAAGUCAACGGCAAACACUGGGAUGGAGAAGAAAUGGUUUUCCUGCACCUGAUAGUUGGGUUAAUUUCCAUCAAGGUCACUGAGCUCAAGGGGCUGGCAACUCACCUCCUGGUGGGCAGUGUGACCUGCGAGACCAAAGAGCUGUUUGCAGCCCAUCCUCAGGUGGUGGCUGUUGACAUCAAUGACCUUGGCACCAUCAAGCUGAACCUGGAAAUCACCUGGUAUCCCUUUGACGUGGAGGAUGUGACCCCUUCCUCGGGCACAGGAAACAAGGUAGCUGCCCUACAGCGGAGAAUGUCCAUGUACAGCCAGGGCACCCCGGAAACACCCACCUUCAAAGAUCACUCCUCCUUUUCGAAUCUGCCUGAUGACAUCUUCGAGAAUGGGAAGGCUGCCCAGGAGAAGACGCCACUGUCCCUGAGCUUCAGCCACCUGCCCAAUGGAGACUGCGCCCGGCCUUCCCUCGCAGGGGGCUCUGCCUCCAGGACAUGCCCGGCCAACCCAGAAAUUACCAUCACGCAGAGCGGAGCCCCGACAGCCUGUACUCGCAGAACGACUGCACCGACGACUAGCUCAGCUUCUUCCAGCAGCUCCUCGGCCGCAGGGCCGCAGCCAAAGCGCUCCGGGGAGGACGAGGCCAAGCCGGGGCCUGAGCCCACAGGCCCGAUGGCCGGGCAGCUGUUCACGGAGCGGGAUGUUGCGGAGACCCUUCUGCAAGAGUCGGACGAGGCCUCCAAACUCAAGCCCGUGGAGCUGGACACUUUGGAAGGCAACAUCACCAAGCACCUGGUCAGGAGGCUGACCUCCUCCGAGGUGCCGGGGCUGCUCUUGAAAGGCUCUGUCAGCGGGGAAUCUGAAGGCUUUCGGUCCUUCCUGGACGGGAGCCUGGAGGAUGCCUUUAGUGGGCUUUUCCUGGCAUUAGAGCCGCACAGAGAGCAAUACAGAGAGUUUCAGAAUCUGUGUCGAGAAGUCAUGCAUCUGGAUGAUAUUCUAAAAGAUGCUAAACAUCUUAAUCAGAAACUAAAUGAUGCUGCCUCUUGGACGUAAGUCACUGAGGGUGAAUGAAGCAACGGUGCUUUAAAAGACUGAAAGACGUGUCCCCAUGUGCUGUUCUGUCAUCUUGAGUGUCUGACACAGAGCCCAGCAAGGCCCUCCCCACCCUGUGCUAAGACAUGUGCAAGCAGUACCCACCACCUGACUUGAUGGAAGACGUUUGGUUCUUCUUCCUUGCAGGACUUGUCCCCUUCGAUCCACCGCAGUGUCCUCUUGAAUAUUUGAAAAUGCUCCUCUCUUCCCUGGUGCCCCUAGCAACUAGCAUUACUCUAUCUAAUGUUUCUGUUUGUGGCCAGCAGUACAGGAUUCUUCAGGCCACAGAGUGAGUUUGCGCCUGUAAUUCCAGGGCCCAGUCCAGGAGGGUUUUGUCUGGUUCCUUCAAAGACAGAACUCAAGACUUUCGUUUUCUUCUCAACUCUCCAAGAAAAGGACAAGGUAAAAUGCAUUAGUUAGGGAGCAUGACCUAGCUGGAUUGGAGCCAUGUUUUGUUUAUUUGUGUGUUUCUGGGAUUUAUCCUGUGACUCCUUUAGCAAAAGUGCCUUAGAUGGCUAGCUCCUAUCUAAGGACACUGAAAACAUUGCCACUUGGAAGGUAGAUAUUGGUAGUACUUGGCAUUGACUCUGUGACUCUUACAAUUAGCUUACUGAUUGCAUUUUUAUUUGGGGUUGAGUAAUGUAAGUGGAGGAAGGGCAUCAGUUACGUCUCUCAAGGUUUUCUGGUUGUAAUAUUUUAAACUGUUGAUUUUGGAAAGUUUCAAGCCGAAGUAGAAAGAAUCAUGUGAUGAAUCCCAGCAUGCCCAUCCAGGUUCCAUCAUUACCAACCCCUGGUCAACCUUGUUUCAUCUCUUCUUCUGCCUGAUAUCUCCCUCCUGGAUGGUUUUGGAAUAAAUCCCAGAUACAGUGUUAUUUUAUCCCUGGAUGUACCACUUUUUGUUAUGUUUUAUUUUUAUAUAUGCAAGUUUUACAUACAUGGAAA